GACGGAGACGACGAACGUGUCCGACAAGAUCGCGAGAGCCGCGAGUCGGAUCCGGGAACAUCGGGGGUUGACGGCAGCAGCGAGGAGGGCGACGUUUUCGGAUAAUUUUGAUCAUCACGGGAUCUCCUAUGUGCCACCUCCGCGCGGACGCAGGAUCACGAUUUGGGAUACCUGGGACCGCCGUGUGCCGCCCCGUCAACCAUGGACAUUGACUGCCCAAUUGUUAGCCUGAAGAGAUCCAGUAGUGCGCCGAUGAUUAACGAGAUCAGCGCGACCAUGUCCGUCACCACACCGUCAACGUCUUCGUCGAGGGACGCUGUGUCAACCUAUAAUAUAUUUGCCAAUUCAACUCGUUUACGACGCUUUAGUACUAGUAGUCCUGGUAAUGUUCCUAGAUUAACACCACGCGUGAGUCAGUUGAGACAGGAGGAAUGCGUCGACGUCGCUGGCCGGGAAGCGGCACACGAGAAGGAAAUUCAUAGUGCCAUGCAGAUAUCACAAUCAUGGGAAGAUCUUACCUUGGAGGCGGAAGCAUUGUCGUUCAAGGAUUCAGAGUCUCCUACGCUUAAUAAAAUGGAACGGCCGAGAAGGCUGUUAGAUCCUCUAAGUCUGAAUCUGUCCAUCACUGGCUCACCACUGUGUUCUUCACCUUCCCCCACAAGAUCCGGAUUUAAUCAAAGACAGUGUUACUCUCCUGGUAUUCACAUCUGGAAGAACAAUCUAUCUCCUAGUCCUACAAGAAAGGCAUUUGCGACAAGGCGCAGUUUGAGUCCUAUCGCGAUAAGGCCAAGCUGUUUAGGGCCAGUCAAAAGAAAAUUCGAACUAGACGAGACUGGAAUGGAUCACAAUUUGCAACCGCCUGCGAAACGGACUUCUGGUUUACUGACGUCGGCUGCAUCCAGAUUGGAUACGCUGUCUAGCCCACUUCCAGGAACUAUCAGUUCUGUAGGCACACCCGAAUCUUUAUCAAGUGCAGAUUCGCCCAGUUUCUCCUUCCGGCCAGUGGACAGUCCAUCGCCAGUUCGCGUAGGUCCAAAUAGCGAUAGCGAUUCUCUGUCGGAUGCGAGCAGUCAAAGCAAAUCGAUAGAUCAAGUUCGUACUGAUCAGAUCAGUCAGGACAAUCACAGAUGAAUACGAGAGACUGUCGGAUAGGCGAGAGUUUGGAAAUUAGACGUGUCACAUUGAUCCUUCUCGGCAUAUUGAUGUAAGGGAGAAAGCAUUUGUGUUUCAUGCUGAAUCCUUUGCAAAGCAUAUUCUUCUCGGCAGUCUUGUCAUUAACAAAAAAAAAGACAAUCGUGUGACAUGAAUUAUUUGGAUAUUAGUGUAAGUGCGACAUAAUGUAGAAGAGAGGCAUCUUUAAUGCUCCUUCGAAUGUAUGAAUAAGCGUAGCGCCAACAGUGUUCUCUCCCCUUGAUUACGCUAAUCACACAUAUCGGCGGAAAGACGCUUUAAACCUCCGUAAUCAUAUCAUUCAGUUAGAUUUAUUUCGGAGUAAAAUAUUUAUGAACUCCGACUGGAAUGAUUUAUCUGUUUUUCUCUUUUUUAAGUGGCUAUAUACAAUAAUUCUAUAUGUAUUAAUGUAUACAUGAUAAUGCCUACCCUGCUCUAUUCGUUCUAUUAUUCGGCAAUCCUUGGUUCUUGUUAUCUAUUUUUAAUAUUUGAUAAGUGAUAUUUUGGGCAUUGGGUAAUUUUCUAUCCAAUGACUUCUAAUAAGCAUAAUUUAUAAUCGGAAUUUGUUAUAUAGAUGAUCAAGAUUGCGUUUCAUGUUUAAUUGCAUCGAUUCCGUAAUGUUGUAUAGAUAUGAUUUAACUAUCCCAAUAUCUUUAUAUAUGUAUAAUCUUUUUUUAAUUAAUAAUCUCUUAUUAAUUAUUUCCAUGGUACUUGAGUUUUCACCUUAAUAAGUUUGUGCUAAUACAAAUCUUUGGAUAUUCUUGAUGUACAUUCAACAUUAAAUGGUAGAAGAUUCCAAAGUCUUCUUAAAUCUUCUUAAAAAAUAUGAUGAUAAGAAAUUAUAUAUAGAGUAAAAAUAGUCGAUGCAUAUUUUGAGACUCUUAAAUGCAUUUUCUGAGUAUUCUGUAAGAAAAUAUGUCUAUAUGUAUAUUCUCAAAGAUAUUUUUGAUUUUUGCAAGGGAAAGUCUACAAAAUUGCCUGUUUUUCUGAGCUUUCAACAUUAGUUUGCUAAAAAGCGUUUCUAUAGCUGGGUGAAAUUCGAGUACCAACAUAUAUCGAACAUUAGUAACUUGUGUAUAUAUACAUAUACGCAACAAAAAUGCCGCUAUAACUUAUGAAAUAACGAUCUUGUCCUACGUAUAAAUAGUAAUAAUAUAUAGAUGCGUUUGUUCUAGAUUUCUCCGAAUAAUAUCGUACAAAUAACUCUAUUUCUCUCUCUGAUUUUAUUUGACGAGAGUAACGACGUCAGUAGACUCCGCAGGAUCUUCUCUUUACUUAAACCAAAGCAUAAGUAUUAAGCUCAAACUAAUGCUACAUUUAGUACUACUAAAUGCCCUUUCUUCCUUUUUCGUUUUCGUUAACUAGUGCGAAAUCGAUUGAGCUCAUUUUUAUGUUUCUAAUGAAACGUAUUUCUCUGAAACUAUACAACGUGUUACGAAACGUACGUAUAUUUGGAUAGAAUGGAGCAUUCCGAGAAGAUUCCGCACGAUCUCGAUCGAGCGUUGCUUCAAUAUACAUUCUGUAUAAUAAAUAUAUAAAUAGAAAUAUACA